AUGACAAAGAAUCGAAUUGGUCGUGAAAAUCCUGCAUUUGAGUUAGAUCAACAACCGUACAUAAUAAAUACUACAAAUGGAUCGAUAUUAACAACAAAAUUACAAUCGAUAGAAGAAAUAGAAGAUGAUGAUGAAGAUAAGAAUAACGCAGGUUUUGAAAAACUUCCUGACGAUGGUCAUUCAAAUGGUUUGUUUAUAUUAAAAUUUCGAAAAUAUAUAAUUCAAAUAAUUCAAAAACAAAAAACUGCAGUGGUCUAUGGAUUGAAAUUAAUCUUUUUGAUUGGUUUUCCUAUUUUCUCUGGAUUUGCUAUGAGUGAGAAAUAUGGUGCACUUGCUUUUCAUAUUCGUGGCAAUCUCUUUCGUGAUAAUUCAGGUAUUCUUAUCUAG